CGGGGGCAGUGCGCAGCGCAGCGGGCAGGGAUAGAGGCCCAAGAGACCGGAGCGGCAGGCACCCCGGCGGCCUGGAGCUGGGCAAGCACCAUGAACUCCAAAUGCGACGUGGUCGUGGUGGGGGGCGGCAUCUCAGAACCAAAAUGUUAAAUAUGUGGACCUUGGAGGAGCCUAUGUUGGACCAACCCAGAAUCGCAUCUUAAGGUUGGCCAAGGAGCUGGGAUUGGAGACCUACAGAGUGAAUGAUGUUGAGCGUCAGAUACACCAUGUAAAGGGCAAAUCAUACCCCUUCAGGGGCCCAUUCCCACCUGUGUGGAAUCCAAUUUCCUACCUAGAUCAUAACAACCUUUGGAGGACAAUGGAUGAUAUGGGGAAAGAGAUCCCCAGUGAUGCCCCAUGGAAGGCCCCCCUUGCAGAAGAGUGGGACCACAUGACCAUGAAGGAGCUUCUGAACAAGAUCUGCUGGACUAACUCUGCAAGGCAGUUUGGCACUCUUUUUGUAAACCUGUGUGUCACUGCCGAGACCCAUGAAGUUUCCGCUCUCUGGUUCCUGUGGUAUGUGAAGCAGUGUGGGGGCACGACCAGAAUCAUCUCAACAACCAAUGGAGGCCAGGAGAGAAAAUUUGUGGGUGGAUCUGGUCAAAUAAGUGAGCGGAUAAUGAAUCUCCUUGGGGACAGAGUGAAGUUACAGAGACCUGUGGUCUACAUUGACCAGACUGGAGAAAGUGUCCUCGUGGAGACCCUGAACCAUGAAAUUUAUGAGGCUAAAUAUGUGAUUAGUGCUAUUCCUCCUGCUCUGGGCAUGAAGAUUCACUUCAAACCUCCUCUGCCAAUGAUGAAAAACCAGCUUGUCUCCCGUGUUCCCUUGGGUUCAGUCAUCAAGUGCAUAGUCUAUUAUAAAGAGCCUUUCUGGAGGAAAAUGGACUUCUGUGGAACCAUGGUGAUUGAAGGAGAGGAAGCUCCUGUUCUCUACACAAUGGAUGAUACCAAACCUGAUGGCAGCUAUGCCGCCAUAAUAGGAUUCAUCGCUGCUCACAAAGCCAGAAAGCUGGCACGACUUACUAAAGAAGAAAGGUUAAAGAAACUUUGUGAGCUCUAUGCAAAAGUCCUUGGCUCUAAAGAAGCUCUGAAGCCGGUGCAUUAUGAAGACAAGAACUGGUGUGAAGAGCAGUACUCUGGGGGCUGCUACACAGCCUACUUUCCCCCUGGGAUCAUGACUCAAUAUGGAAGGUUUCUACGUCAGCCAGUGGGCAGGAUUUUUUUUGCAGGUACUGAGACUGCCACUCACUGGAGUGGCUACAUGGAGGGUGCUGUAGAGGCUGGAGAGAGAGCUGCCAGAGAGGUCUUGAAUGCCAUAGGGAAGAUUCCAGAAGAUGAAAUCUGGCAGCCAGAACCAGAGUCUGUGGAUGUUCCUGCGCAGCCCAUCACCACGACCUUCUUGGAGAGACAUUUGCCCUCCGUGCCAGGUCUGCUGAGGCUGAUUGGAUUGACCACUGUUGUUUCAGCAGUAGCACUUGGCUUCCUGGCCCAAAAAAGGGGGCUACUUUUGAGGAUCUAAAGAGAAUCCAUCUGUAACUACCCCCUCUCUUUACUCUGGGAUGUGGGUUUGUAGAAGGGGUGCCGUGAAAUUCCAUGACCACAUAAAGAACACAGCAGGAAGCAUGAGGAUAAGUCAGACCACAGGAAGCACAGUAUUGCUUUCACUGUUUCGAACCCUGGCUAGUAUUCCUUACCUAAUUUAGUGCUCUAUCUCACCCAUUUCCAAUUUCUGACCUUAGAAUGUUUAGAAUAAAUAAGCCUAAAGUCCUUGCUUUCCCAUAGCAGAUCUUACCUACUCACACAGCUAAUUUUCUCCCAUUUCUGUGACUUUGUGCUUGUGCUCAACUUCUCAGAUUCUCUGCAUUUGUCCUUAUAAUUCUGUAUUGUUAUAGCUGGAAGAUCUUAGAUACCAUCUGGAUUUUACUUCCUGUUUUAGAGUUGAGUAAAAUGAAUCCCACAGAGGUGCAACUUAAUCAGUCAAGGUCAACAAUAAGCCACUGCUAUACAGACAACUAAGACACACAUUUAAUGCUUUUCCCAUUUCCUAUAAUCUCCUGGGAUGUGUUCUCCAAUUGUCUUCCUCUAUCCCUCGUCAUAGUUGUCCAUAAUGUCCUAUGUGUAUGCUUACUGUGUACUAAAUUUUCUUGUGCUGCUCAAAUGCUACUCAGUAUAUAUCCAUAGGUCUUGCUAUCUUGUGCAGUGCCCCAAAGCUGACUUUAAUUUUUUUUUUAAGAUCAGUAAUCUUAUCUUUGUCUAUCUAUCAUAUCUUCCAUUAUAUCUAGAUACAAAGGUCAGUACACACUUGGGUAAUUAAAAAUAAAGCUGAUUGACCAGA